AUGACCACCAAGACCUUUCAAUGUCAGCGAUGCCCCAGGGCUUUCGCGCGUCUAGAACACCUCCAACGACAUGACCGCUCGCACACCAAAGAGAAGCCGUAUAUCUGUGUCCAAUGCCCCAAAGCCUUUACACGCAAGGAUCUGCUUGGACGCCAUCAGCGAAUAGCUCAUCAGCCCGAACCUAGCCCUACGGGCCAUCUCGUCCGAUCGCCCGCGUCCACGAGGACGGGCGUGGACGGCUUGGAAACCUUAGCGUCAGUCGUUACUGACCGUGGGCAAUCCAAUCGCCGCCCUACAGCAGGUCAUGUACUGAACGAUGGAUUAUCGGUGCAGCAUCAUCCAGAAACUCCAUCAGCUGGUCCAACCACUCCUACCCCCGGCACUGGCUUCCCUUAUUCCUUGAGCGGGAUCCCUUCGGAUACUGUGUCUACUGACGCACCGACGGGGCAUUUGGAUCGCAACGACUUCACCUCCUUUCUUGAUUCCAUCCCGCUGCCGAGCCACCCAUUCUCACCAACGUUCCAACCACUACCGCUGUUUCCACUACAAUUUGACCCCGUUCCAGAAUAUGAGUUGACGUCCGACAAAGGACCACCCACGGAGACAUCUUCUAAUCCCUCCAGCUCCAUCCUCCCCCGGCAUGGCGCCCACCUGCCUUCUCUCCAACCGGAGGGGUAUCAGACUGCGAGCAAGUGGCGUCAACCAACUGGCUUCAUUCCUGUCACCGCCCAGUGUCGGGAAAACCUCCUAUACCAGUUGAAAGGGUAUUCCAAUGUUGUUCCAAACCCAUCUCUGCCCUCCCGUCAUGCAUUAUCCAGAUGCAUCACCGGCUAUUUCACGGGGUUUCACGACCACUAUCCGAUCCUGCAUAAACCCACUUUCAACAUCGAGGCCAUGAAACCCCCUCUUUUCCUUUCAAUGGCCGCUCUAGGCGCGCGCUACUGCCGCGAACCAGAUACCAGUAUGCGACUAUAUCAAAUCGCCAAGCCCGUCACUCUCGAGCAUGUUCGUCGGCAGUUCUUGACGGGCUCACUCCUUGCAGGGGAUGCAUCGAAUGAUAAAAGCAUGCUAGAGAGCCUUCAGUCUCUUUUGUUUCUCAUAGCAGUUUCCUCCUGGUUCUUAGACAAUCCACCAUACUACGAAGCGCUCUCUAUGCGAAGCACAAUGGGUGCAUUUCUCCGCAAAGGCGGGAUCAAUCGAUUACCCGAAUACGAUGGGACCUGGGCUAGUUGGGUCCACUAUGAAUCAGUCAAGCGGACUAAGCUGGUCGUCUUCGGAUUUUUCAAUAUUCACACCAUUGUUUUCGACCUUCCACCCGUCGUCCUGACCGAGGAGAUCACUAUGGAGCUUCCCUGCCCCGAGCAGGAAUGGGAAGCUCCCCGACCUGACCUGUGGCAAGCGGCCCACGCUUUGUCCGCACUUUUCGACCCUCACAGCGACAUGAUGCGCGUCUCAUCUCUGGGAGGGUACAUCUUGAUCCAUGCACUUCUGCAAGAUAUCUGGGUCAUGACCAAAGCGAGCCGGCUCACGCUCGCUCGCUAUAACCGGCCUGGCUCAUCAAUCGCCUCUGCGCCCGAGCUGGCCCUCUUCGAACAGGCCCUCGAACGAUGGUGUCAGUGCUGGGAGCGUAAUCAGGAAUCCUCGGUCGAUCCGCUGAGCCCUCACGGCCCAUUAUCGUUUACUUCUGCCGCUUUGCUGCGGUUGGCUUAUAUCCGGCUGAACGCCGAUUGCGGCUCAACACGCAAACUCCAGACCUGGGACCCCGUGCAGAUUGCUACGAGCCUGAAGGAUAACCUUUCCGUAGAACGCGGAGACCGUCUGACCCGCGCUGCCCUCCAUUGCGCACACGCGCUGAGUACCCCUGUCAAACUGGGCAUUGGGUAUGUCGCGCACUCACAGGUGGCGCUUUGGUCCAUCCAACACGCGUUGUGCUCACUCGAAUGCGCUGUGGUGCUGGCCAAAUGGCUCGAGGCUGUCACUGGACCCAAUCCAGACCCGCCCCUGACAGAACAAGAGAUUCGUCUCCGUGACUUUGUCCUGGAGAUGGUGAUGGAGGUUCAGCAUGGCGACUCAAGAGAGUGGCUGCUGGCGACUAAUACCCGGCUAAGUGCGGCCGUUGCACGGCUUUGGGCCCGUCUGUUCACGGCGGAUUAUAUCUGGGAGAUGGUGAAUCUUAUUGGGAGGUCUCUGAGUAGCUAUGCAGAUCUCAUGGAGCAAGAUGCUUGA